AUGGACCUGACGCCCGCGGCGCCGCAGAUGGCGAUGAAUCGGACGUACGCAGUGCCGCAGCCGUACCACCAACAGCAGCAGCAGCAGCAGCCGCAGCAGCCUCAUGAGACAACGCAGAUUAGUACCGAGCAGAUCCAGGCUAUGCUGGACGAGAACUCGAGUCUCAUUGUCGAGAUUAUUGAGCUGAACACGCAGAUUAAACAUGGAAAAGGGACGGCGCAGAUGGGAGAGUUCACGGAGAAAUUGGACAAGAAACGCAAGAUUCUGAACAAGAACCUCAUGACGCUGGCCAAGUGGGCGGACGAGUCUUCCGAGACGUCUCCACGCCCGCCACAGGCCUAUGGACAGUCUCAAAUGGCACAGAAACAACAGCAGCAGCGGCAACAGCAACAACAGCAAAGACAGCUACAGCAGCAGCGGCAUCAGCAGCAGCAACAGCAGCAGUACGCCCGAGCAGGAAUGAUGCAGAUGCCCAUGGGCAAUCAGGCCCAGUAUCAAGCACAAGCUCAAGCUCAAGCACAAGCUCGGGCCCAAGCACAGGUGCAAGCUCAAGCUCAGGCGCGACUGCAAGCUCAGGCGCAGGCUCAAGCCCAGGCUCAAGCUCAAGCAUACGCCCAGGUGCAAUAUCAGGCACGGAUGAAUCCGAUGAUGACUCAGCAGUAUGGACAGAUGAACCCGAUGGCUCAACAGCAACAGCAGCAGCAGCAACAACAGCAACAUCGGUAUGCUAAUGGUGGUAUGCCGUACGCUACCCCUGGCAACGGACCAAUGUCCCAUCCCAUUCGAAUGAACAAUGGCUUGCCGAAUCCCACGAGCUACGCAGACAACCGGGGCGGUAUGGUGCCAAACAUGAGCUAUCAAGUCUCUCCUCAAGGCUACGGCAUGAUGCCUCCAUCGCAACAGAUGCAGCGCAUGAACACAGUGACGCAAAGAAUGCCUCAACAGCAGAGUAUGCCCCAACAGCAGAGCAUGCCUCACCCGAGCAUGGCGAUGCCCCAGCAACAGAGUAUGACCAUGCCGCAGCAACAGAGUAUGAGUAUGCCUCAGCAGAGUUCGGCAAUGGCCCAGCCUUCGAUGCCAAUGGGUCACUAG